CCUAGCCCCUCUUUCUCUAUCUACCUUUCACUCAAAUCUCUUCCCUCGCCACUUCUCCCUCCAUUUUCGCUCUCUAGGUUUCGAGCUUCCUCUCUCUCGAAUCCGAAAUAUCUAUUCCCCGAAGUAGAAUCCGAGCUGUGACUGCAUAUGGGGAAGGUAUCACCGAAGGAUUCGGAUUCGAAGAUCUCAACGAGGAAGAAGAAGCUGAAGAGUUCGAAUAACAAGUACUUAAAGCCUGGGGCUCUUGUUCAGCUUUGUUACAGCAAAGCUUCGGCUACGGCUAAGUCUAAUAAUGAUUUGGGGAAGAAACGUGUACCUGUGUUUGAUACUAAGCCUGCUAGGAGCAGUGUGAUUGCUGUGGAAGAUGUUAGUUCUCCCAGGAGCCCUCUUUUAUCGUCCCCUGUUAACGUUGUUAAGAGGAGCAGUCUGGUGAGGCCGAUGAAGUUCGAUGAUUUGCAGGUGGAGAGUAGUAAGAAGAGUCCUUUAAUGUUAUCUCCUGUGGGUGUUGUUAUGCAAAACUCGCUGUUGAGGACGCCGAAGACGCCGCAAGCUGAGCCUUGUGAUUCUGAGUCUCAGUUUGAGGCUCUUCCCAUGGAUUUAUUGGUUAAGAUUGUGUGUCAUCUGCACCAUGACGAGCUGAAGGCAGUGUUCCAUGUUUCUCAGAGAAUAAGGGCAGCUGCUGUGAUUGCAAGACAGUAUCAUUUCAAUUAUACAACGCCAGACCGCUCAAGGCAGGAGAUGCUGAGUGUUCUGACCCCAAUGCCAAUAAAUCGUUGGCCAUUUGUUAGCAAGGGUGAUGAAAACUAUAGGAUCAUGGGAAGCCCACACACCCCAAAGGCACCGAGACAUGCUCCUCGGCCACCUUGCCGAACUAAACUAGCGGAGAUGAAGCAAAUCACCGCCGUUCUUUUCCAAGACCCGACGGCUUUCCCUUCGAGGUGCAGCGUUCCUUCGGUUCUCCAGAGGCCGACUUUGUUCAAACCACUGGCUCCAAAGCACCCUCGUGUGCUCUUCUAUGAAGAUGAGUUAUGUCAAGCUGUUGCUCAAAACAACCUUCAGUGAUUAUGCUUGCUACAGUCAAGACGCUUUCGUUUCGCUUGUCCAUCUCUGUUCAUAUUAAGUUUGCCUUCAUCGUGGUUCAUGAUCAUCUCCAUCAUGAUUAUCAUCAUCAGCAUCAUCUCAAGUUAUAGACUAUAUAGUAUAAGUAGCAUGCAAGUUUUGUAGCAGUGCUAGUUCAGGGUAGUAGGUUUACAUGGUAAUCUCUUAGUAUCAUUUCAAGGUUUUCGAGUUUUCAAGUCAUCCGAGUUUGUCGUAAUAAGCAAGUGUUUUCUGAACUGGUCGUCAGUUGAGUCUUGUGUAUAUUUUUCUGCAUUUAUUUGGAUUGUUUUUAUUUUUCUUCUUUUAUCACCUUUA